UCUGAGCAUUCCCAGUCAGCUGUAUGCAGGCAGUAGGCAGCAAGAUGCUGUGCAGAGUGAACUGCAGGGACAUUGCCAAGGUGAGCUCAGCAUCAUCAGCAUGGGGAAGGCCAUGCAGCACAGAACAUGUGCCCACCAUAGAGGAUGACUGUGUCCUGAAGCCUGUAGCCUCCUGCAAGCAUGUCUCCUGGGUAUACCGGUACACGUGCAACCAGCUAUGGUUGGACAGUAGACAAAUGAGAUAAAGACUACCCUCCCUAGCACAUAAAGAUGGCUGGUUGUGUACAGCUUGCCGCAUUGACAUUUUUUUCCACAUUGGCAAUCAUCAAGCCUAGCUAUGGAUUAACUAAGGACAACUCAAUGAGGAAUUUCUCUGAAGAAAUAUCAAGGUGGGCUCUAGAAACAUCAAAGGUUGAGGCCUCUAAUAUUCCCCCAUGGACUCCAGGAAAUAAUGAAGAUAUCGUUCUCUCUAAACCUCCUGCAAGGAUUUCUGGAUCUUUGAUGACAGAGAAUAAUAUUUCAGAAAAUGUAGAAAAUAUCCCAAAUGAAUUUCAAAAUGACUUGAAAAUAAACAAUAAAAUGGACCAGAUGCCCUCAUCAGGUAUUGUUGUCACCACGUCCAAAGCACCUAUGCCAACACAUUUGGAAAUACAUCCUACUAUGUCCAGAAGCUCAGAUGGUGAUACUGGAAAUAAGACUGGAAACAAAGUUCCGCAUGAGGAACACAUGGAGUUGACCCACAUGAGGCCUUUUUCUCAAAUGGUAGAAGAGGAUUUGCAACUGAAUAAUAAUGUGGUAAAGGAUAAUUUGGAAGAAAAUGACAUCAAAACAUUAACCACUGUCCGCCCAACCGUUUCCACUAUAACUCUGAUAUCUACAGCCAUGUUAAAAUCCCACAUGGGAGAUGAUGGACCUUUUACUCCAAUACACAAACUUCAAAUAGACAGCAACGAUAAACAGGUGACCAAAGAACUGUUAAAAAAUAGCCUAGGAGCUCAAGAUGACCCUGCAAAAUCACAAGAGCCAAAAGUCACAUUAGAGGACAACUUUCUUGAUGACAAUACAAUCCCAAAGGUCCAAGGACUGCAGCCUACAGAACGAUACCGAGCUGCAUUCCGGACCACUGAUGGAUACUCAGCUCUGCAAGACGCUGAACCAGAAAGUAAUGAAGUUAUAUCUGCUGACAUUGAAUUUGCUCAUGAAGAUGGUGGCGUACAUUAUCAGAAGGAUGGUAACACAGUCUUUGCAGAGUCCAUGAACUUAGGAAAUGAUACAGAAGGUCAGCAUUCAUCCAAGGAAAUAGUAAGUGCAGGUGUUCAGGUUCCUAAUAUAGCACUUUCUACAGAGCCUCAUAACGAGCCUCAGCCCCCAACAUCACUCUCUACAUUGCAUCCUGUUGAUAUGGAAAGUGACAUUCUCCAGGCCACUAUGGAUAUCACAGAUCCCAUAACAAUGGAGGCAAAAGCAAGAACAGAAACUGAGAGAAUAUUAAUAUUUGAGGGGGAUCAGGAUAGAAGGGCAACUGACACUUUUCCCGUCUCUUCUCGGAAGACCAAUCUACAAGAAGUGAUGCUGACUUCUCCACAAUCUAAUGAAACACCAACACCAGCAAUGCAAGUGCUUGGAAAAAACUCUGAAGCAGAGAGACCAUCCACACAGCCUGGAAAACUGACACCACUAACUCAAAGAAACCCCAUUAUUGGAAGCCUACCUCCUGGACUUGUCAUGUCUACAACAUGGAAGAUGCUAGUGACAAAACAGCCAGACCCAUUGCUGGACAUUUCACGUUCAGAAGAGACUUCCACAUCAAAAGUGUCCCAAAAUGAAACCAGAAAGAAUGGACGCAGAGGAGAGAUAAGAGUCACAACACAGAGAGCCCUUCAUCGUCCUCAGCUCUUAGAUGUCCCAACUUACAAUCCUUCCAAGAAACCAACCUUGGAUACUCCAAUGUGCUCCAAAAAUACUGGCACAUGUGAAUAUGUUGGAGCCAAUCAAACACUACUGAAGUGGGAUGACCUACAACGCACCUUAAGCUUUGCAUGGAACAUGCACGUUUAUGGGACUGGUGCCCUCUUCUUGUUAUUAUCUGUGAUUGCCCUUAUCAACCUUAUUGGAUCUCCCAUUUUACGAGUAUCCUAUCUUCCUUAUGUUAUUUUGGCCAAUGCCCUUUUAUUUGUAAUUGGAGUCCUACGGGGAGUGUUCUUUCUUCUUGAUCCCUAUGGGACGAAGAUGAAGAUAACGCAGCCUAUUGCCCUUAUACUGUACAACAUUACCUUUCCACUUAUGCUAACAGCAUUUGCUACUUUGGUUCUACUAGUCCUGAAAAUUUCUCGUCUUCAAGUUCUACCUCCAAAGUUUCAGAGUCUUGCUUUGCUUGCUGUCAUAGCAGUCAUUCAUUUUAUUGUUCUCAUAAGUGCUGAUCUCCUAACCCAUCUCCUGAAUCCUUCUGUAAAUAUGGUCUUGCAGAUUCUUUCAAUUUCUUGGGGUAUUUUUUUAAUGGUUGGCAAUUUCGUAGCAUAUUACCAACUUAGAAAGAGCAGUAAAGAGAUCGUCAAUGAAACACAACGAGUAUCACCAACUGGUGAAGAUAUUGUGGUCGUUCAAUCCCAAGGAAGAAAUAUCAAGUGCAUCUUUACAUCAUCCAGAGUAUUAUUAGUAGGCAGUAUUUUUGGACUUCUGUGCUGUGCUUUACAGGUAUAUGCCAUAUUGUGGCUAUAUGGACUACUUGGCAAGAAGAAUGAAUUUUCCUGGUCCUGGUGGUUUCUGCAGUUCUGGUUUCGAAUAUUCGAACUGGCUCUUUGCUUCUCCAUGAUCUUUGUAGCAUCCCACAGCUUCUGCCUACAGUGCAGUAGUAAUGAUCAUACCUGCUGGUCAAAAAUCAUCAGCUACUUUUGCACCUACAAGAAAAAUGAUGCUCCAGAAUAUCCCAACAACUGCUAUGAAUGGACAAACAGCAUUCAAGACAGGAUGGUCAAUAAUAACAUCAGCAAAACCCUCAUCCGCAACCAAGCCGAAAAUGUUCCACUUAGAAUUCUUAAGGAAAACAAUGAGGCAAAGAGUAAUGCUACUAUGGGGAACAACAGUCAGUCUUCAUCCCCCCUCUUCAAACCCAAACCUGAUUCUGUUUUCGGGCCAAAAUCUCAGAAUGUGACCAUGGGCCGCUCUUAUACGAGUAUUUGUUUUGAGAAGGAGUCAAUGCUCUCGCUGACAGAUCUGGAGUUUCGCCCACCGUCCCCUAUUAAUCUUAGUAGAAGCAUUGACGAGGCAUUGUUCCGAGAACAUCUGGUAAGAGACAGCAUAUUUCUAGAUUCUAGUCUCCAGUAUCCUAGUUACCUGACCAGACAGGAUUCUUGUUCUUCCCUAAAAGAAAGCUCUGCUUUGAACCAGACAGUAGACCCUCUUAUUUCAGCUGACCUGAAAAUGAGAAGAUGCAGCAACCCUGACCACAUGUACAGCAUGGCCAAGUGUAGCUCAACAACCGAGGUUGACACUCCAAGUGAAAGCCUUCAACAAAGUAAAGAGCUCCCACGGGAUCUUACCACUGACGCAGUGGUGUCGGUCAGCUCCAUGGACAGUGUUUCAAAAGGAUCAAUCAAAAUCAGUUGGAAUCCUUGGCGUCAUGGACUAUCUUCUGUUGAAAGCCUUCCCCUUGAAGAUGCUCCUACCACCCAACUUUUAAAGCAAGGCUCCCAACCUAGCAUCAUGUCCAAGAGCAGUGAGCCUGAAAAAAGUUUUGGAAGGAGACUGAUCGAAAGAAGUCAAACCAUAGAUUCACACAGCAUUGCCAGCGAGACCAUUGAACUGUGAGAUUAAAACAUUGUUUCAACCAUGGACUUGUUGUAAAGGGAAAGGUGCCUGUUUUUUUGUUUUUUCAAGGUGGAACAUUUCUAUAAUAUCAGUAGGAUAUGAUAUACAGCAGUUACUUGUUAUAAGCACACCGAGCAUCUGUGUUUUAGGAAUCGCCAUAUCUUUGUUUUGUUACAGAACCGUUUUCUAUGUAUUUAUUUUGGAUUGCUAAAUGUGACUUAUGUCACUGGACUAGAAGAUGAAUGCCUAAGACUUAAGUCUACGAUAUUGACUUAUUAAAGCACUUAAAGGCAGAACAUUUGCCAGACGUAACCCUACAAAAUAGUAUUGUUUUAAACACAAUGUAUGGACCUAUAUAAAAAUGGUACAUUAACCAAUGUGGUACGAGCUAAACCAGAUGUUUCCAUAACAGCCAUUUUGAGGCCUACGCUGUCAUUUUGCAAUGCAGAGACCUAACAAAAACAAACAAAAAAAGAGAAAAAUGUUUGUUUUUGGACUUCAUGACAAUCAGACAAAGGGAAAUCUCAAAGCCUAGGAAACAACUGUAUUGAAAAACACUAGGAAGAACAGGAGGCUACCACUACAUUUGAGCAAACUAUACGCGUAUUGUAAAUACAUGCUGUGUUAUAUUGAAUGCAUAACGGUACACCCCAAACCAGAAAGUGCUGCUGGGUACUUUUCAUGUUACACACAGGGGUCAGAAUAACAACUUUUUUUUCAUAAUUAAAGAGCUAUAUGAAGAGAUUGAACUCCUUUGCACUGCUCAGAGAUUUAUUUUAUUGAGAAUCUGACUGACAUUUCCCUCAAUAAACCUUCAUAUAGAAUUUUGUGUCCGAUUUACAGUAACAGAAAUCUCUGAGCAGUGCCAAAGGGGUUUUCAUCUCUCUCCCUCACAUUCCAGAGAGGAGCUAUGAUCUGAGUUCACCAAUGUCACAUGUAUCUAUGACAGAUCAGAAGGAUCAACUACAAUUAAAUUUAACUAUAGACAAAAACAGGGCUGCCCCUUUCCUCUUAUGUAGAGGCCUUUCAAUUAAAAAGGACCACUUAGUAAAGGUAAGGCAUCAUUACUGGAGACACUGCUCCACAUAGUUGGAUACUUUUACAUUUUAAUUCUAGCCCCCUUUGUUUAACCAGUUGUUGCUGUUAGUUUUGUGGCCCAGUAUUCUGACGGUGUAAACUAUCAACGAGAGGUCACCAACAUUCUCAUCAGUUAUAAAGGGAAGAGCACUAAGGUUCAUGCUCCAUUGAGAGCAGUGGUGACUGCACCCUUGGCAAUCCAUAGACUGCAACAAUGUCCAUAGACUGUCAAGAGAGUGGUCCCUAAUGCUCAGUUGUCAACAUGGGAGAUAAAACUGAAUGCUCUUAUCCUUGAGAACAGAGUGGUGAUGACCCAGUUGACAGUCUACGUCCUUAUUAGGAUAUCAGGUGCAAAACUGGGCCAUAAAAAGUUGUAGUUUAUUUUUAAAAGUUCCUGGAAAAAAUUACUGCCAGCCAGAGGCGUAGCUUGGAGCUUUUGGGCCCCGUUGAAAAAUCUGCAACAGGGCCCCAUAUGUCAAAUAUAAUACUGGUCUCUUAUGGGGCCGUCAUACUUUGGGGCCCCCUUAGGCACCAGGGCCCGGUGUGACUGCUACCUCUAUAGCAAUGCCCCUGCUGCCAGCUAUUUUGAUAAAUAAACCACAUAAACUGGACCACCAGUCAUUCUCUUACCCCUCUCCACCCUCUUUGAGACUAUCUUUUUUUUUUUUUUUUUUUUUACUGAAGACUUAAAGAGCCCAAGAUAGUUUAGUUGUUAGGGACUUGUUGCCUAAUAACCCACAUAGAAGACUGCAGUGGUUAGGCAUUAUGGGUAGAAUUCAUCAAGCUGUUUACCCUGGGUUCUUUUUUUUUCUUCAAAAUUUGUCACGUAAAUUGUGUUGCUGCCACUUUCUGUGCAACUUUUCAUGGACCUUUUAUUUAGAGAAUUUGUAGAACCAUAACCACAUGGUGGACUGCUUUAGAAGAGUUUUUGCAGUGGUUAGUGAUUUAUCAAGUGCACAAAGUUGUCGCUUCUUUUACACACAAACUCAGACUCCCACCAGCCCUACAAAAGCAUCUAAACUGGCCCCAUGCUGAGGUGAUGUGGUCCCGUGGGGCAUUUGAUUAAUUUGUCCCACGCACGUCAAAAUCACUGCAACAUUUGUGUUCUAAACCUGCACAGAGUAGACCAUAAAUGAUGAAUCCCCCAUAUCUCUAGCAACCAAACUGCAUUAUGAUAAAUAAAUAAAUAAAAAAUUAACUUUGGUGGAGAACCGAAAACACUGUUAUACAGGGAAGACUGUCCAUCACUGUAUAGGAAUAACUAUGCACAGAGAUAUAAGUUAUAUUGGAACCUUUUUUUACUAAACUAUAUAUGUAAUCUACACAGCUCUUCCUGCUCUAUAACACGUUGCCUUGAGAGUAGACUGCAUUAAAGGGCCCCUGUAGUAAUGCCAAGUACGCCGACCCUUGCUCGUGGAAAAUCCAGUAUUUACAGUUACCUUGUAGUGUGAGGCCGCCUCUGUAUAUAGGUAUUUUUACCUGUGGCUGUGUAUCUGUACACCUUGUGGCUUUUGUUGCACCAGCAAUCUUUUAUCUGAAGUUUAGUCAUUGCUGCAUAUACAAGACCUCCCUAAGUCAGAGAAGAAUUUCAAGGCAGCUGAGGCCGAAUCCCUUGACGUCUGGAAUGUGAUAAUGUACUGUGGAGAGUAGAGUGAAAGCUGUGACAAUCUAAGUGAGACAGUCACCCAAGCGGGGCGGGGGGGCAUGUCUCUCUCUACCACUGCAGAGGAGCCGUAUUUCUAUGUAAUCUAGUGUCAAGGCUUGGUAGGCCAGCCAUUUUGAGUGCCAAAUUACACCUGUACAUACAAUAAAAUAUGUCUGAAAACUAAA